AUGCGGGCCAUCACUGGUGCCCGUCGCAACAUUAUUACAAGCCACUACGCACGCACACCAUCCCCCGCCCCCACCUCUACUCCACCAGUUCGCCUUCAAGCUGCCACACUGGCCCUUCCCCAUGGUUUUGCACUACCCCCCGGCAUGAACUUUGAGGCCUUCUUGGGAACUCUUCUCGAAAAGCACCAGCAGGAGAACGGUGGUAAGUCUCCUACAGUAGCUUCCCGUAUAAAUCCCCCGUGCCCUCACUUUCAAAUCCUCAAUACUGGACCUCCCAAUAUUAUUCGCAAACCAUUCCCAGUUCCAAUGCAACCAAAUACGUCAUCUCCCGUUCCACCUGUUCCACGAACCACGUCGGCCAAAGUGUCACCUGCGAAUAGUCAGAAUGAUGACACUCCACAUGGUAUGAAGAAAGCUGCCGAACUUGCUCACGAUCCUAUUACCGAAUACCCCAGUACCGACGAAGAGCGGGAAACAGAGGAAAAAGAAGACACCAAGCUCCCAGCGGAAGCGAGCCAACCCUCCACUUAA